GUGCCAGCGAGGUUACCUUUAGCUUCUUAACCCUUUCCAGGUGAGAGGAGCUUUCCCCUGGCCAGGAGGGAUUUCAAAGGGGUUUACCCUUCCCUUUAUAUUUAUGACAGGGGGGGACGAAGCCUGUUUCUGGACAGUGGCCGGAGGAAGCUGGACUUUGUGCCAGGCCCAUCCCGGGAGCCGGAUCCCUCCCAGGCUCUCGUCUUCUUUCGCUUUUGACGCUGGGGAACCUGCCAGGGCGGGACGACGCCCCCCUUUCCUAGAAGACACAGGGGAAACCCCAGGGGCAGGCUGGGGUGAAACCCUGCGGCGCCCUGACCCCCCCUCCCGCCCCCGGCAUGGCUGUUGCGGCCCGGGAGAGGGAAGCGGGCCCCGGGAGCCGGCGUGCACCCUAGGGAGAAGGGCUCUGGGUGCUGGCGAAGGUGGGAGCCGCCUGCGGAGAUUCGACCGGCUCAGGAACAACUUCCACUGGACCCUGCAGACCCAGCUACGAUGACGGGGAAGAGUCCCUCGUUCUCCCCCGGCUCCACAGCGAGCUCCGCUCUGCCUGGCUACGUCGCUCUCUGCCUCGUUCUGCAGGUUCACAGGCUGGUGUCAGCACAGUUCACCGUGACUGGACCUGAUCAUCCAAUCACCGCAUCUGUCGGUGGGGAGGCCGCCCUGCCCUGCCACCUCUCCCCCAGGAUGAACGCUCAGAGCAUGGAGGUGAGAUGGUUCCGAUCCCAGCACUCUGCAGUUGCACACCUGUACCAUGAUGGGCAGGACUGGUACGGAAAUCAGAUGUUGGAAUAUCAGGGAAGGACAGAGCUGCUGAAAGAUGACCUCACCAAUGGAGGUGUUUCCCUGAGAAUAUACGAUAUCCGACCUUCUGACGAGGGACAGUACACUUGUUUAUUUCAGUCACUUACCUUUUUCCACGAAGCCUCCGUGCUCCUGCAGGUGGAAGGUUUGGGCUCUGGCCCGGACAUCUCUGUAGAGGGACAUCAGGAUGGAGGGAUCAAGGUUGUGUGUCGAUCAUCCGGAUGGUACCCACAGCCCGAGGCUCAGUGGAAAGAUCUCCAUGGGCAGCUCUUACCAUCAGCCUCUGAAAAAAUAUCCCAAGAGGCCAAUGGCCUGUUUCAAACAGAGAUUGCCAUUGUUCUAACAGAAGAGUCCAACCAGAAAGUGUCCUGCUGUGUCAGGAACCCACGUGUCAACCAGGAAAGAGAGGCAACAAUUUACAUAGCAGAUCUCUUUUUUCCGCGGGUCUCUCCCUGGGUGGUGGCUCUGGGGGUGAUCCUGGCUCUUCUCAUUGCCCUGGCCAUCUAUUGCAUCUGGACACAACACAGAGCAAAAGAGACCCUGCAAACUGAUAUGAAGAAACAGAAGGGGAUUCUGCUAACUGAAAUGGAGAGUGAGAAAGAGAAACUGCUAUCUGAACUGGAGAAACAGAAAGAAAAGCAACUUUCAGACAAAGCGGAAUAUGAGGCAAUGGCAGCACGUGACAAAACCCAAAGAUUCACAGAGACCCUGCAAUCUGAACUGGGGAGAGAGAAAGAGACCCUGGAAUCUGAACUGGAGAGACAGAAAGAGGCACACCUUGCAGAGAAAGCCAAACUGGAGGCUGAGAUCAGGUGGAGAAGCGCCCAGAUCUACGCAGUGGAUGUGACUCUGGAUCCCGACACAGCAAAUCCCUACCUCGUCCUGUCCGAGGAUCGGAAACGGGUGCGACACAGAGACAAGCACCAGGAUCUGCCUGACAAUCCUGAGAGAUUUGAUACUAUGGCGGUUGUCCUGGGUGCUGAGGGAUUCACGGGCGGGAGGCGUUACUGGGAGGUGGAGGUCGGAGACAAAAAUGUCUGGUCUCUGGGGGUCUGUAGGGAAAAUGUGAGCAGGAAGGGGCAUAUUCUAUUUGUACCUGCGAAUGGAUACUGGACAAUAUGGCAGGAGGGUGAUCAAUUAAGGGCCAACACCUCCCCCCCGACUCCCCUCCCCGUGAGUGUCAGGCCCAGCCAGGUGGGGAUUUUCCUGGACUAUGAGGCGGGCGAGGUCUCGUUUUACAAUGUGACUGACAAGUCCCAUCUCUUCACUUUCCCUGACAGCAUCUCUGGGACGCUCCGCCCUUAUUUCAACCCUGAAUACAAUAAAGGGGGUACAAAUAUGUCUCCCCUGAUCAUCUGCCCAGGCCCAGCUCAGGCCAAAGGGAGUAUCUGUCCCUGAGAGUGACACCCGCAGCAGAGACUGUCCCCUCCCAGCACUGACCAGCCCCCAGGCCUGUUCCCCUGGGGGUAAAGGGCAUUACCUGCCUUUCUCCUGCCAUCCCCUCCCCUUUCAGUUCUCAGCAUCAGCUGGGGAACGGGAGGGGGCAGAGAAGUGGAUGGGGGAUAGGAUUGCCAACCCCCCCAGGAUUGUCAUGCAGUCUCCGGGAAUUAAAGAUUAAUCUUUAAUUAAAGAUUAUAUCACGUGAUGAAACCUCCAGGAAUAUGUCCAACCAAUAUUGGCAACCAAGCAACCCUAGAGGGGGAGGUGGCUGCAGGGGCAGAGGGGUGUAUGGGUGCCAACCUCAUGGGUGGCUGCUUUGGCCAAGGGUGGGGAGGAGGCUGCAGCAGCAGGAAGGGAAGAGCCCAGAUCACAAGAUGUGCGGGGUG